UGCGAUACGGAUAAUUCCGUGAAGGACUCGAGAAUGAACACUAAACAAUGUGGGUCGACGAUGCUGAUGAAUGGUGACUAUCAGUACCGAUCAGUGGCAUCAACAUCUGAAAUGCUCGCGAUUAUAAAUUACGCAAGUAUACGUUAUAAAACUUAAGUGCAUGAUUGACGGAUCAUCAAAAACACGCUGUCGAAAGCGGCUGCACGUGACUGUUUCCUAUCACUACCAUUGGUCGAUCCGGGCGAUAGGCAACGAGCCGGUCGAUAAGCAUCCUCGCGAAUUCCUCGCCUGCCUCAAGAAUAGACGCCAUUGACCAUUGUCAACUCAGUUUGACCGAGUUUUGCCGUCGCGUUAUUAUACGACUAUCUUUUCUUUCUUUCUCUUUUUUGUUUUUUUUUUUUUAACGAAUUUGACAAACGAGCGGUAUGUUGGACCCUGAAGUGGAAGCUGUGGUCGUCAAUCUGCGACGAGGUUCAAGUUGUAGAAUACCGUCGACCUCUUCUGUUGAAGAGAGUGAGCUAGGCUUGCGUCGCGGUGGUUCUCUGAAGAUCCCACGGACGAGCGACAAUCAUCACGUCGCGCAGGAACGCCUGACGAGCACGAGAUCGUCGCCGUCGUCGACGUUGUCGGUGUCAACGUCGGCCUCCACGUCUUUGUCGACGGACAGGUGUGCCGGUGGCGGCGGAAACAAUAGAACGUUCCGGUCCGCCAGGCGAUACGUACCCGAAGCUGCGAGUGACGCACCUGCGCCAGAGUACCUCGCCAGGAGCCUCUUGCAACUUGGAUGUCCUGCCGUGUCGAUGCCCACACCUCGAGGCGGUGUCGGGUCGGAGCAACCGCCAAGCAGUGACAGCGAUGACUAUACCGCUCAUCACCAGCAGCAAGGUACGGGUUAUGGACAAAACCUGGACAGUUACACCGUGCCCAAAGUCAAGGUGUCGGGCCCAUCUAACGCCGAUGAAUCCGCUUCCAUCAUCAAUGGGUCUGCGGGGUCCAUAGGCGCGCGAUCGGCACCCAGCACGCCCUUACAAGCCGCUCCCGAAGCCGGGGGCCAACAAUCGAUCAGCGGGUCUCAACUCACCGUGGCCGGCGCUAGCUAUCCUCAGCCUCCGAGGAGCCCUAGUCACGCGGCCUUGAAAUGUAAUGACAGUCACCUUUCGAAACCACUGAGUAGGAGUACUCCAUCGAUGGCAGCUGGCGGCGUGCAAACUCCAGCAAAGGUUAGCAGAACCUCGUCGAGGUCGUCGCCGACUACCAGCAGCGCGAGACAGAAGAAGUUCCACAGGCACUUCAGUCAGUCUUCGAAAUUUCGCUAUCAGGUGGCCGAGGAUGAGCGGGUAUUGAAUUACUACAGUUGCGCGCUGGUGGGCGACAUCCUGCUACAGGGUCACCUGUACAUCACGCCCAACUACUUCGCAUUCUACAGCAAUGUGUUUGGCUACGUGACGAAGCUGCUGAUACCGACGGUGUCGGUGUUGAGGAUCAGUAAGGAGAAGACGGCGAAAAUCAUACCGAAUGCGGUGGCAGUGGCUACUGAAGAGGAACGCCACGUCUUCUGCUCACUGCUCUCACGCGAUUCUACCUACAAGCUGAUGAAGCAGGUUUGGGACGCGGCGAUGGAGCCGCAAACGACGGUAGAUGUGUUGCCGGAGAUUGACACCGACACGACGAAGUGUCUCGCGCCAGUCGACGCCGACGUCGACGACGAUUCGAGUGUGUCUGAGAGUGGUACUGAUAUCACGCAACCGAACGUCUGCACCACCGAUCCCGAUGGUGCUCCUGAGACCCUCACUAAGCCAAAUUCGGCACCCCCCAGACUGGAGACAGCAGUAUUAACAAAGACGCUGACACCGAGCAAAUCCGACAGGCUGAGAUCUUUGUUUACCAAUGGAAUGAAACCUGGCAUGGUGAUAACGAUACUGGUAGCUCUCUUGGCAAUUCUUUACGUAUCGGCGGCUCUAAUGAUGAUGCGUAUUGACAGGCUGCACACCGCUUAUUUAAACCAUCCCCUCGUCUCACCGGAACGUUUCACGCAAGAUCGGUUGUUGCACUAUCUUAACACGAAUCUAGAUCAAAUAGUGAAGGUGCGGCAGAGUCUGCAGACACUAUCGCAGCAGUUUGUAACGAUGAGCCGGGGUGGUAGCCAGACAGGAUCGGCCGGUGGGGUGGUGGAACCGGAAGAUGCGCCGAGUUAGCCCUCGACGAUAGGACUCGAUUUAAUUCAGCCAAAAAACGACACGGGGUCCCGUCGCCCUACUGGCGAACGUAGCAUUACCUCGUGAAUGGCGACGCUGUCGCCUAUCGUUGUCAUUGUCUUCGUCGUUGCUGCGCUACUCGUCGACGAUCGCGGGGAUCGUUUCUAUGCGUAGAUCAUCGCGCGAUCGUCCCUCCAAAUAGGAGUUAUUGUCGUUUUAGUACCUAGACUUCUGUAGGAGUUUAGAGAGGCAGCUGUCUCGUAAAACGAGAGCUCUCGGGCUCAUCCCGAGAGUGUAUUUUUCUCGAACGAACUUUAAAGCGAACCUCGAACGCCCGCGUGAGUAUAUUUGCGGAUUAUACGUUGUUUUAACGGAAACAUACACAUAUGGAUAAAUAUACCUCAGAUACACAUAUAUAAACUAUAUAUAUGCAUACGAAGAAAGCGAAGAUACAAAGGUAAGUGAAUGGCGAGCGAAAGGGUUUUUGCUUUUUUUUUUCUUUUUGAGCUAGUCACGCGUGUACCUAAGCCCUGGGGUACGACAAAAGAAAUAGAAUGAACAAAAAAAAUGGUAUAUGUAUAUAUACAUAUAGUAUAUAUCUACAGUUAUAUACAUAUAAAGUAUCUAUACAUACAGAUAUAGAUUAAUAAUGCAUAUUUCGCGCGAUUACUUGUUCGUUAAUUAUGUAUUUCGAGCUAGUCGGGCACUACUCUGUCACAGCUGAUAUAUAUAUAUAUUAACAAUAUAUUAACAAGAAUGUAUUAACAAGAUCAACACAUAUUAUAUAGCAUCACAAUUGGAUAAUCUUGAUGUAGCGCGUAAUACAUGCGCCGAGCGAUAAUACUUCAUGAAUGAAGUGUUUACUGAAAUAUAAUAGAAUUCGCUUUCCUUAUUCGCCAUUAGCUCUUUCAGUACCUGCCUUAAACCUGCAUUUAAUAAUGAUAUAAAAAUUUAAUAAAAUUAUUCUACGGUGCGUCCCAUGUUAAUUCCCGCCACGUUCUCGAUGUCUCGAUGAGACUGUAGGGUUUAAUUUUCUCCGCUGUCACUAAAUAAAAUUAUGAAAUGUUAUUAAUGGAGACAAUUCGUGACGUUCUAUGUUAAGCAAAAAUACAGAUCUGAACAUUGAAGAAACACGAUUUCUUUAAAGUUUGAAGUUUAACAGAUUCUUAAAAGAAUAUAUAUGUGGAGUUUUCUCUGUUAUGCAAAAUGGAUUCUUCAAUUAGUAAAGUUUUUAAUUUCUCAAUAACUUUGCUAAUCGAAGAGAAAUGUGACUUUGUAGUUAUUUGCUAUAUAUAAUAAUUUUAAAGUGACAUUUAAAUGAUUCUCGAUGUCUUUACAGACUGUAGCAUAAACUAAACUAUACUAUAUUACAAAUAGAAAAGGGGUUUUUUUGACAAAUUUAAAUGAGAGUUGAAAAGAAUGAAGAGACUCUUGCCUAAAUAUUAAUGUUUGCAUAUUUGUAUCCCUCAACGAGCGUAAGGGAGUAUUUACUUAAUGACAGUUAAAGUUAAGUGAAAUAUACUGAUGAACGCCGGCUGUAAAAUUGCAUUGAAUUAAUACGUGAAAGGUGCUAAUGUCCCUACAUUUAGUUUGGUACUGAAAGGGUUAAAUUGCGCAGCUCGGAUGGACCUGGAGAUACAAGAGAAAGGAAGAAAGAGAG